GUUCACUGUAUUAACCGGGUCACGUGACAGAAACAGGACAUCGAGUUCAUAGUGAAACACAUUGCGGUGGUGUCGGUGUGUCGCUGAUGUAGGUAGUGUACUUUGUCCUCAGGCGGUUUCCCCCCUGGUUCUUCCUCCUCCACCACCUCCUCGGUCCUCACCUGUCCGGUGAGACAACACGUAAGUCUGAGGGACGAUGUCCAACCUGCCGGAUGUACCUGCUCCCCAUAAAGUGGAGAUCACAGAGCAGCGAGCAGGAGAACACAAUGAAUCACUUUACCGGAAUGUAGCGGCUGCUUUCCCUCUGAUGGGUUAGAAGUUUUACAGGGUUUAAAGAGACCAUUAAUGUCACAGAGGAAGAGGAAGAUGUUCUCCUUUCUGCGGAUAGUCAGAGACCCCCAACCUGAGGACAUCCACAUCUCCUCUCUGCCGCCCAGUAUUCCCACAGACAUGGAGCCAGAACCAACUGGAGGAGAAGGUGAGGAAGCCGGUGAUGUCGAGGGAGAGAAAGCAGUGGUCCAGACCACACACACACACAGAGUCCCCGCCCCCUCCGCCUUCCUCCAGAAACAGGAUAAUGAACCAGUUUCUAGCACUUACUUUGAACAGAGGGUCCAAGUUCCUGAGGAAGAGAGCGAGAGGUGGUUCAGUUUUCGAAAGUUGUGGGCCUUCACUGGGCCGGGGUUUCUGAUGAGCAUCGCAUACCUGGACCCAGGUAACAUCGAGUCUGACCUGCAGUCUGGUGCCAAAGCUGGCUUCAAGCUCCUCUGGGUGCUGCUGGCCGCCACCAUCAUCGGCCUGCUGCUACAGCGGCUGGCAGCUCGGCUCGGCGUCGUCACUGGGAUGCACCUGGCCGAAGUCUGCAACCGCCAGUACCGCACGGUGCCUCGUAUCAUCCUGUGGUUGAUGGUGGAGCUGGCCAUCAUCGGCUCAGACAUGCAGGAGGUCAUCGGCUGCGCCAUCGCUUUCAACCUCCUCUCCUCCGGCAGGAUUCCCUUGUGGGGUGGUGUCCUCAUCACCAUCAUUGACACAUUUGUCUUCCUCUUCUUAGACAAGUAUGGCCUGAGGAAGCUGGAAGCCUUCUUCGGUUUCCUCAUCACCAUCAUGGCCAUCACCUUUGGAUACGAGUAUGUGACGGUGAGUCCAGACCAAGGCCAGCUGCUGAAGGGGAUGUUCGUGCCAUACUGCGAGGGCUGCGGGCCGGUUCAGCUGGGUCAGGCCGUCGGCAUCGUGGGAGCCGUCAUCAUGCCUCACAACAUUUACCUCCACUCUGCUCUUGUCAAGUCUCGAGAAGUGGAUCGGUCGAAGAAGAGAGAAGUAAAAGAGGCCAACAAGUAUUUCUUCAUUGAGGCGACCAUUGCGCUGUUUAUCUCUUUCCUCAUCAACGUGUUUGUGGUGGCUGUUUUCGCCGAGGCUUUCUAUGGACGCACAAACCAAGAGGUGUACAACGUCUGCAAUGAAUCAGGAAGUCCUCAUUCCGAUAUAUUCCCUCUGAACAAUGAAACUCUAGAGGUGAACCUCUACAAAGGGGGAGUGGUGCUCGGCUGUUUCUUUGGCCCGGCAGCGCUCUACAUCUGGGCCGUGGGGAUCCUCGCUGCUGGUCAGAGUUCCACCAUGACUGGAACAUACUCCGGCCAGUUUGUCAUGGAGGGUUUCUUGAACCUGCGCUGGUCGCGUUUCGCUCGGGUGCUGUUGACCCGCUCCAUCGCCAUCACUCCCACCCUGCUGGUGGCCAUCUUCCAGGACGUGCAGCACCUGACGGGCAUGAACGACUUCCUCAACGUGCUGCAGAGCAUGCAGUUGCCAUUUGCCCUCAUUCCCAUCCUCACUUUCACCAGUUUGCCAUCUCUCAUGAAUGAGUUUGCCAACGGAUUAGUGUUUAAGAUCGGAGGAGGAGUCGUGAUCUUGAUCGUGUGUGCCAUCAACAUGUACUUCGUCGUGGUCUACGUGUCUGCCCUCAACAGUGUGUGGCUGUAUGUGCUGGUGGCGUUCCUCUGCCUAGCAUACCUGACAUUUGUGGGAUAUUUGGUGUGGUUGUGUCUGAUAGCUCUUGGAGUUCCCUGCCUGGAUUGGACCACCAGGAGAGAGAACGACACGACCAUCCUGAUAGAGCCGCAGCCAGAGUUUGACUCCUGAAUUAAAGGUGGACAUUUAUUUCAAAGUUGCAGCUGUGAGCAACCCGACUGACUCUCUUUCAGCACAUUUAGUCUUCUUAAAGGGACAGUCUGUAGGAUUUGGCAGCAUCUAGCGUUGUGGUUGCAGAUUGCAACCAACUGAGUACCCCUCUGCUCACUCUGACUGCGGUAACGUGAGCCGCCGAGUGCAAAACUGUGGU